AUGUAGCUAGAGGCAACGAUUUAAAGGAAAUAGCGAAUGAAGAGUUUUCUAAACUAGCUAAGGAAAUAAACGAGAAAGAGAAAAUUUUGAGAGAAAAGAAAAUAGAGUAUGAUCAAGCAGUGGAAAAAAAUGAUAAAGAAAGUAUUACAAAAUUAAGUUGCUCUAUUAAUAAUCUGGAAAAUGACCUAUAUUUACUAAGAUAUAAUAGUAGAAGAGCAAUUUCGAAAUCGCGUGCUAUUCAUGCAAAAUCAUUUAAUCCGUUAGAUGAAUUAAAGCCAAUUCAGGAAGAGCACAUACUCAAAGGGAUACAAAAGUUUGCAAAAGCACGGAAAAUAAAAGUAGAUGGAUUAGAAUCACUGCCGGUAUUGGAAGUAUCUAAAGAAGAAGAGAUAAAAGAAGCACCGCAGAUAUUGGAAGUAUCUAAAGAAUCAGAAGUAGUUCUAGAAGAGUCAGAAGAACUCAAGGAAAGAGAAAUAAUACAGAUGCAGAAAACUGUAAUUCUCAUGGUUUUUCUUAUAUCUCUUAUAAUAUCUAUAGUAUUUAUCAGUUUUUCUAGAAAUGCAGCGAAACUUGCUAAUAGCUAG